AUGCUUGAACACCUCGUGGUCGACAUCGGGAAGGCGCUUUUCAUCCUCAUCCUGCCGCCCUUCCCACCACCACAGGCGCUUUUCAUCCUCAUCCUGCCGCCCUUCCCACCACCACAGGCGCUUUUCAUCCUCAUCCUGCCGCCCUUCCCACCACCACAGGCGCUUUUCAUCCUCAUCCUGCCGCCCUUCCCACCACCACAGGCGCUUUUCAUCCUCAUCCUGCCGCCCUUCCCACCACCACAGGCGCUUUUCAUCCUCAUCCUGCCGCCCUUCCCACCACCACAGGCGCUUUUCAUCCUCAUCCUGCCGCCCUUCCCACCACCACAGGCGCUUUUCAUCCUCAUCCUGCCGCCCUUCCCACCACCACAGGCGCUUUUCAUCCUCAUCCUGCCGCCCUUCCCACCACCACAGGCGCUUUUCAUCCUCAUCCUGCCGCCCUUCCCACCACCACAGGCGCUUUUCAUCCUCAUCCUGCUGCCCUUCCCACCACCACAGGCGCUUUUCAUCCUCAUCCUGCCGCCCUUCCCACCACCACAGGCGCUUUUCAUCCUCAUCCUGCCGCCCUUCCCACCACCACAGGCGCUUUUCAUCCUCAUCCUGCCGCCCUUCCCACCACCACAGGCGCUUUUCAUCCUCAUCCUGCCGCCCUUCCCACCACCACAGGCGCUUUUCAUCCUCAUCCUGCUGCCCUUCCCACCACCACAGGCGCUUUUCAUCCUCAUCCUGCCGCCCUUCCCACCACCACAGGCGCUUUUCAUCCUCAUCCUGCCGCCCUUCCCACCACCACAAGCGCUUUUCAUCCUCAUCCUGCCGCCCUUCCCACCACCACAGGCGCUUUUCAUCCUCAUCCUGCCGCCCUUCCCACCACCACAGGCGCUUUUCAUCCUCAUCCUGCCGCCCUUCCCACCACCACAGGCGCUUUUCAUCUUCAUCCUGCCGCCCUUCCCACCACCACAGGCGCUUUUCAUCCUCAUCCUGCCGCCCUUCCCACCACCACAGGCGCUUUUCAUCCUCAUCCUGCUGCCCUUCCCACCACCACAGGCGCUUUUCAUCCUCAUCCUGCCGCCCUUCCCACCACCACAGGCGCUUUUCAUCCUCAUCCUGCCGCCCUUCCCACCACCACAGGCGCUUUUCAUCCUCAUCCUGCCGCCCUUCCCACCACCACAGGCGCUUUUCAUCCUCAUCCUGCCGCCCUUCCCACCACCACAGGCGCUUUUCAUCCUCAUCCUGCCGCCCUUCCCACCACCACAGGCGCUUUUCAUCCUCAUCCUGCCGCCCUUCCCACCACCACAGGCGCUUUUCAUCCUCAUCCUGCCGCCCUUCCCACCACCACAGGCGCUUUUCAUCCUCAUCCUGCCGCCCUUCCCACCACCACAGGCGCUUUUCAUCCUCAUCCUGCCGCCCUUCCCACCACCACAGGCGCUUUUCAUCCUCAUCCUGCCGCCCUUCCCACCACCACAGGCGCUUUUCAUCCUCAUCCUGCCGCCCUUCCCACCACCACAGGCGCUUUUCAUCCUCAUCCUGCCGCCCUUCCCACCACCACAGGCGCUUUUCAUCCUCAUCCUGCCGCCCUUCCCACCACCACAGGCGCUUUUCAUCCUCAUCCUGCCGCCCUUCCCACCACCACAGGCGCUUUUCAUCCUCAUCCUGCCGCCCUUCCCACCACCACAGGCGCUUUUCAUCCUCAUCCUGCCGCCCUUCCCACCACCACAGGCGCUUUUCAUCCUCAUCCUGCCGCCCUUCCCACCACCACAGGUGCUUUUCAUCCUCAUCCUGCCGCCCUUCCCACCACCACAGGCGCUUUUCAUCCUCAUCCUGCCGCCCUUCCCACCACCACAGGCGCUUUUCAUCCUCAUCCUGCUGCCCUUCCCACCACCACAGGCGCUUUUCAUCCUCAUCCUGCCGCCCUUCCCACCACCACAGGCGCUUUUCAUCCUCAUCCUGCCGCCCUUCCCACCACCACAGGCGCUUUUCAUCCUCAUCCUGCCGCCCUUCCCACCACCACAGGCGCUUUUCAUCCUCAUCCUGCUGCCCUUCCCACCACCACAGGCGCUUUUCAUCCUCAUCCUGCCGCCCUUCCCACCACCACAGGCGCUUUUCAUCCUCAUCCUGCCGCCCUUCCCACCACCACAGGCGCUUUUCAUCCUCAUCCUGCCGCCCUUCCCACCACCACAGGCGCUUUUCAUCCUCAUCCUGCCGCCCUUCCCACCACCACAGGCGCUUUUCAUCCUCAUCCUGCUGCCCUUCCCACCACCACAGGCGCUUUUCAUCCUCAUCCUGCCGCCCUUCCCACCACCACAGGCGCUUUUCAUCCUCAUCCUGCCGCCCUUCCCACCACCACAAGCGCUUUUCAUCCUCAUCCUGCCGCCCUUCCCACCACCACAGGCGCUUUUCAUCCUCAUCCUGCCGCCCUUCCCACCACCACAGGCGCUUUUCAUCCUCAUCCUGCCGCCCUUCCCACCACCACAGGCGCUUUUCAUCUUCAUCCUGCCGCCCUUCCCACCACCACAGGCGCUUUUCAUCCUCAUCCUGCCGCCCUUCCCACCACCACAGGCGCUUUUCAUCCUCAUCCUGCUGCCCUUCCCACCACCACAGGCGCUUUUCAUCCUCAUCCUGCCGCCCUUCCCACCACCACAGGCGCUUUUCAUCCUCAUCCUGCCGCCCUUCCCACCACCACAGGCGCUUUUCAUCCUCAUCCUGCCGCCCUUCCCACCACCACAGGCGCUUUUCAUCCUCAUCCUGCCGCCCUUCCCACCACCACAGGCGCUUUUCAUCCUCAUCCUGCCGCCCUUCCCACCACCACAAGCGCUUUUCAUCCUCAUCCUGCCGCCCUUCCCACCACCACAGGCGCUUUUCAUCCUCAUCCUGCCGCCCUUCCCACCACCACAGGCGCUUUUCAUCCUCAUCCUGCCGCCCUUCCCACCACCACAGGCGCUUUUCAUCCUCAUCCUGCCGCCCUUCCCACCACCACAGGCGCUUUUCAUCCUCAUCCUGCCGCCCUUCCCACCACCACAGGCGCUUUUCAUCCUCAUCCUGCCGCCCUUCCCACCACCACAGGCGCUUUUCAUCCUCAUCCUGCCGCCCUUCCCACCACCACAGGCGCUUUUCAUCCUCAUCCUGCCGCCCUUCCCACCACCACAGGCGCUUUUCAUCCUCAUCCUGCCGCCCUUCCCACCACCACAGGCGCUUUUCAUCCUCAUCCUGCCGCCCUUCCCACCACCACAGGCGCUUUUCAUCCUCAUCCUGCCGCCCUUCCCACCACCACAGGCGCUUUUCAUCCUCAUCCUGCUGCCCUUCCCACCACCACAGGCGCUUUUCAUCCUCAUCCUGCCGCCCUUCCCACCACCACAGGCGCUUUUCAUCCUCAUCCUGCCGCCCUUCCCACCACCACAGGCGCUUUUCAUCCUCAUCCUGCCGCCCUUCCCACCACCACAGGCGCUUUUCAUCCUCAUCCUGCUGCCCUUCCCACCACCACAGGCGCUUUUCAUCCUCAUCCUGCCGCCCUUCCCACCACCACAGGCGCUUUUCAUCCUCAUCCUGCCGCCCUUCCCACCACCACAGGCGCUUUUCAUCCUCAUCCUGCCGCCCUUCCCACCACCACAGGCGCUUUUCAUCCUCAUCCUGCCGCCCUUCCCACCACCACAGGCGCUUUUCAUCCUCAUCCUGCUGCCCUUCCCACCACCACAGGCGCUUUUCAUCCUCAUCCUGCCGCCCUUCCCACCACCACAGGCGCUUUUCAUCCUCAUCCUGCCGCCCUUCCCACCACCACAGGCGCUUUUCAUCCUCAUCCUGCCGCCCUUCCCACCACCACAGGCGCUUUUCAUCCUCAUCCUGCCGCCCUUCCCACCACCACAGGCGCUUUUCAUCCUCAUCCUGCUGCCCUUCCCACCACCACAGGCGCUUUUCAUCCUCAUCCUGCCGCCCUUCCCACCACCACAGGCGCUUUUCAUCCUCAUCCUGCCACCCUUCCCACCACCACAGGCGCUUUUCAUCCUCAUCCUGCCGCCCUUCCCACCACCACAGGCGCUUUUCAUCCUCAUCCUGCCGCCCUUCCCACCACCACAGGCGCUUUUCAUCCUCAUCCUGCCGCCCUUCCCACCACCACAGGCGCUUUUCGUCCUCAUCCUGCUGCCGCUCAUCUCCUCUCUGGGGUACAGAGUCCCUCCUGCACAGCUUCCAGGCUACUUCCGGGAAGGUGCCACGUGCCUUCUCAACUUCAACCAGGCCGUACCAGAAGUCAACAUCCCUCUGAUGCAACUACUCUUCUUGUUCCUCCACCUCCGCCUCCGUCAACCCAGCCUUCAACAUCUCGCUGCUGGCUCUUCCUGUCUCCACUCCCCCCGUUCCCCCUCACUUCUUCAUUCUGCCGCCCUUUCCCCCUCGCCUCCAGGCUGUCAGGGAGCCCCACUCCUCCCGCUGCUUUACGUGGCAGCGAACGUAGCGUUCAACGUCUCCCUCCUGGCUCUGCUCAAGAAGUCGUCUGCAGUGGCGGCAUCUCUCUCCAUGACCCUCGUGGUGCCCUUGACAGUGCUCGCUCGCAUUCACCUUCCCCCUGCCCUUGCGAGGCCCGCCCCAGCCCCUGAGGGGGGGCGUUGUGUGCCCCUGACAGUUCUCGCCUUCACCUUCCCCCUGCCCCUGCGAGGCCCGCCCCAGCCCCUGAGGGGGGGCGUUGUGGUCGGAACCCUCGUGCUGCUGCUGGGGCUGGCUGCUUACAGCCUUGCCAAUCCUGGAAGCACAGGCGGGGGAGGGGGAGGGGGAGUGAAGUUGGCAGGAGGCGGGAAGGAAGAAUAG